AUGCUGAACUUUCUCUUCAACCUGGGUCCGUGGUACACGACUGCGGUCGUCCUGGGCUGCCUGACCGUAUUCUUCAUGACCAGGAAGGCCCUCGUCGACCGCAGGAUCCGCAGCCUCGGGGGUGUCCGAGCUUCAGUUCUAGCAACCAACCCUAUAUCAGGGCUUCCGUUCGUCCUCAGGUCUGGCUACUACCAAACGAAGGAUAAGCUGGACUAUUACUUCAACUCCCAAUUCGACUUUGCUACCCCAGAGUGUCCCAAUUGCGUUGAAAUCUCUUUUCUAGGUCGAACUCGCUUUUUGAAUACGCGGGAGCCCGAGCAUGUGAAGACUAUCCUGACCACCAAGUUCGCCGAGUUUGGCAAGGGCGAGCGGUUUCAUGAAAUCUGGAGUCCAUUCCUGGGUGACUCGAUCUUCACCACCGAUGGCCAGCAAUGGUCUGACAGCAGAGCCCUCAUACGGCCCAUGUUUGUCAAAGACAGGGUGCGAGAUCUUGAGAUCUUUGACAAGUGGGCCACUACACUCAUUAGCAAGCUUCCCGGAUCUGGCGAAACUGUGGACGCCAUGGACCUGUUCUAUCGCAUGACGCUCGAUGUGACAACCGACUUUCUCCUAGGCGGGAGUGUCAACAGCUUGGACAAUCCCAAGCACGAGUUUGUCGCCGCCUUUCAGGAGGUCCAGCGACUUCAGAUGCUGUACACCAUCCUAGCCCCCUUCCGGCCCAUAUUGCCCACCUACCGCUACACCCGCGGCAUCCGCAUACUGGAACGAUUCAUCUCCCCCUAUAUCGAGCGCACCCUCUCACUCACACCGUCUGAGCUUGAUAAACUGUCCAAAUCCGACAAGGACUUCACCUUCCUGCACAACAUUGCCCGCUUCACUCGCGACGCAAAGGUCAUCAGGGACCAGCUGAUGGCCGUCCUCAUCGCGGGGCGCGACACCACGGCGGCCACGCUCUCGUGGACCAUCUACGAGUUGGCGCACUACCCGCACAUUUACGCGAAGCUGCGCAACGAGAUUCUCUCCACCGUGGGGGCCCACCGCAAGCCAACCUACGAUGACCUCAAGAGCAUGACGUACCUCACGCGUACCCUCAACGAGACGCUGAGGCUGUACCCAGCCGUGCCCUACAACGUGCGUGCCGCCCUGCAGGACACGAGUCUGCCAGGCCGCCCGGGACAGCCGGAUAUCAUAGUGUUGAAGGGGGACAGCGUUGUAUACAGCGCCAUGGCCAUGCAGCGGAGGAAGGAUCUGUAUCCCGAGGUGGACGCGAACGGGAGCAAGUUCCCGGACCCGGCUGUCUUCAGUCCGGAGCGCUGGGACGCUUGGACACCAAAAGCGUGGAAUUAUGUGCCGUUUAAUGGGGGCCCGAGGAUCUGCGUGGGGCAGAAUUUCGCCAUGACCGAGAUGGCGUUUACUCUCGUCCGGCUGCUACAAAAGUACAAGCGACUCGAGUAUCGUGGAGACUGGUAUGCGCAGUUUCACAAGGCUGAGAUUGUCGGUGCGCCGGGGCACGGCGUGCCCGUCGCCUUUUUCGAGGCUGAGGAUGGGGAUUUCGCUUGA